AAAAAAAAUUGUCAUAAAAUAUAAAAAAAAUUGAAAACAUGUCAUCUACAUUUGAAUUCGAAAAAGAAAAACCACAAAAUUUAAUUUUAGCUAAGAAUUUUUUCAAAUUUCUUAUAUUGCAAAUUCUACAUUUGUGUCAAAAAAUGUUUCCGACCAAAUUAUUUAGUAACGACUCAUUGCCAAGCCUGCAAGGUUCGCUCUUCUCAUUGAAUUCUGUUUACUCGAACACUUUUGGACCCACCACACGCAUGGAGCUCUAUCCACGUCGACGUCACACCGAAUUCUACUAUGAUCCCCAACCAAUGGAGGAGUAUCAGAGUCGCGCCUGUGAGCAUCCACAAGACAAAUUACAGCACAAGUCACGCGGUUCGAAAUUCGAGCUGGAACCCAUUGCCGAGGAGACGCCGAAGUUGCGUAUCAAUCCGCCGAAGAAUUCGGAUAUGCGCAUGUUUCGUAACAGUUACUUCUCCUGAGUGCUGUAUGAAGAACGGUGUGUUGUUGUUGUUGUGUGGUGGAGAGUGGAGUGCGUGAUGAGCGCGUUAUUUGUGUGAGACUGUAAACUUUGAAUUUCUUCGAAAAAUAAAACACAAACAUUUUUUUAUUUAAACUAACAAGAUUUUUGAAAUAUAUUUAUGUAUUUAAUGUUAGUAAAUUAUUAUUAUUUUUUUACUUGCAUUUGAUAUGCAUUUAAUUACUACCGAUUAGUUCGUUGAGUUAGCGAGCUCACAAUAGCAACGUCUAACCGUUUUAAGAAAUACAAAAAAUAUUGUAUGUAUGUAUGUAUGUUUUUAAAUAGUCAACAGCAGUGUGGUACACUUCUAUAAUAUCUGGGUUGAAUACAAAAUUGUAUUAUAACAACAAUAAUCUAAUGAACGCACGUAGUAAUCAACAAUCAAUUAAGGUGAUCUUAAGGAUCGCUUUUUAAGUAUUUUUUUUUUGUUUUUGUAUUUAGGUCAAUUGUGUUUACUUGCUUGCUUA